AUGAAGAACAUCUUCGUUGCUACCUUGGGCCUCUUCGCUGCAGUUUCGUCUGCCUUGCCCUACACCACUCCUGUCAAUGACAACCCUAUCUCUGCUCUGCAGGCGCGUGCGACGACAUGCUCGGCCAAGGCCACCGAUAACCUCAUCUUCAAGGUCUCCAUCAAGACCUUCCAGAAGGCGCGCAAGGCCAAGAACCCCUCCAAGUGCAACUGGUCAUCGGACAACUGCUCCAAGUCGCCCGAUAAGCCUGAUGGAUACAACUUCAUUCCCAGCUGCCAGAGACACGAUUUCGGGUACCGCAACACCAAGAAGCAGAAGCGCUUCACCAAGGCCAUGAAGAAGCGUAUUGACGACAACUUCAAGAAGGAUCUCUACAAGUACUGCAGCCAAUUCUCUGGCUGGAGCUCAUGGAAGGGAGUCGAGUGCCGUCGCCUUGCAGACAUCUACUAUGCUGCUGUCCGCCACUUUGGAAAGCGCGAUGAGGAGAUCGAGUUUGACCCUGAGGUUGAGUUCGAGAAGCGUGAUGAGGUGGCUGAUGUCCAGCCUGACGAAUUCGAUAGCUUUGACGGUUCCGAAGUUGACCCUGAUAUUGAGGGCCAGGUCAUCCCUGAUGUUCUCGAAGAUGAUGGAGUGGAUGUGGAAAACCUUGACGAUAUUGAGAACCUUUAA